AUGCAGACACUUCCAGAAUGUCCACCAGGAUAUUUUGGAAAUAACUGUUCUUCAGAAUGUAUUUACCCAACCUAUGGUCAACACUGUUUAAAUACCUGUGAUUGUAACGUCAAAGAUUGCAACCAUGUAGAUGGUUGCCAAGGAAAUCAUACACAGACUGAAACAUCUACAAGUAGGUUGACAAAGCACACAUCUAGCAGGAACGGUUAUAAACAUACGUCACAAAUAAAUGAAGGUUCAGCAAAUUUGACGCAAUUCCUUUCAGGGUUCACGUCAUCAAAGAUGAUACCAGUAAACAAAACAAAUGAAGAAAACAAUAAUGAUAAGGAAACUGGUAAUGGAAAUUUAACAAUAGUUAGUUUACUUGUGGGAUGUAUCCUUGCAAUUUUACUCGCUGUGAAUAGUAUAACGUGGAUCUCAAAGUUUGUUCAAAGAAAGUUUGGGAAUUCAGUGAAUGCGCGAGACAAUUUUAUAUUAGAGACUGUUUACAUGGAAAUUAAUGCAGGGUCUGAGCAACAAGACCCUCAGGCCAAUACAAUAGGAGCAAAUGUCAUAACAAAACCAUGUACAUCUCUAGGCGGAGUGGAAACGAGACCAGAACUUCCGGCAAGGAAUACCAUUAAUGAAGAACAAAAUCCAUGUCACGCACACACCAAUGAAGACGAUGAAACAUAUAUAAAUGUCUAA